AUGAAUGGUACAGCAUACGGUCCAGAUCUCACAUUGACGCCUCACCAGGAGGAUUUACUUCGCACCGCUUUGUCUUCCAACAACCCGAUUGAAAGCUCGUCUCAGAUCUCGCGCAACGGUACCUCAGGCACCACGCGAUCAAACAGCGACCCAAAGCAGCUACAACGUACUAACGACCACAUGGCGAAUGGACCAAAUAUGUUCACUUCCCCACUGCAGGAGACGCCAGGCUCAGGCCAGCUCGGCAGCUUCGACGAAAGCCCCUUCCUAGACUACGAACUUGAUGAUGGGAACUUCGACUGGGACAAUAGUACUGACCAGCUUUUCGGUGACCUGCCUGGCACGGAAUCACAUGUCGAUGGCGAACACCACGAUAAGAGAAAGGCUUCCAUGGAUGAUGAGGACGACGAGGAGGGGACUAGCAAGAGACGCGAGGGAGAUGAUAAGUCCGCGAAGAAGCCAGGGCGAAAGCCAUUGACUGGAGAGCCGACGACGAAACGCAAGGCGCAAAACAGAGCUGCCCAAAGAGCUUUCCGCGAGCGCAAAGAACGUCACCUGAAGGAUUUGGAGACCAAAGUCGAAGACCUCGAGAAAGCUUCCGAGGCUACAAAUCAUGAGAAUGGACGCCUCCGCACACAAGUAGAAAAGAUGAGCAUGGAGCUGAAGGAGUAUCGCAAGAGGAUGUCCUUGAACACUACAGCGGCUGGCUACUCUCCUCCGCUAUCCGCCACCCAGUCGCAUAGCUAUGGGAAUGGCAGUGACUUUCAUUUUAACUUUCCCAAGUUCGGAGAUCUUCCAGGCUCCUUCAUGAGUAAUGGCUCGAUUGCUAAAACUACUUCCCCUACGCAGAUGGGCCAACGUUCAGCUUCUGCUUCAAGCACAACACCUUCGGGUAAUGUCAGAAAACAGUCAUCAGCCGCGAGCAAGUCACCACCAAGCUUCAAUGGAAUGUUCUCCACUCCUUUAGGGCAGUCCAGACCAAGCCAGGUCUCCAAUAACGGCUUCAUUAACAAAGAUUACGCUGAUCUUAAUGGAUUGUUCGAUCCGUCGGUACUGGAGAACGCCAGCCGUAACAAUUCAGCAGAUUAUCUGUCUUACACAACGGGCAAAGCUAGUUCUACGCCUAGCACGGCUAAGCAAGACAGUGUCGGUAGUGUGAAUGGACACGCCCAGAUUUCCACCCUCCGAAACAACUCCUCUACUUCCAUUACUGGGUCUCCUACAUCGUCAAUGUCACAUGGUGCUCUCGACUCAUCAUGCGGUACUACGCCAGAGUCAUCGGCCGACUCGCCUGAUAAUCGUAAGUCAAGUGAAGGAGGACUUGAUACCAUCAACGAGGAGGGCAAGGCUCAAAACAAAGCUUCUUCAAAUGUGGCCAAGUCACCAGCUGCCGAUAUCAAUGGGAUCGACUGGAUGGCGCAGCAGAAUGGCGGAGCAUUCGAUCCAGUCCUUUUUGGCGACUACAGAGAUCCUCAGGAUAAUAUUCUGAACAACAAUGCUUUCGGCGACUUCUUUAACGACGCGUUCCCGUUGCAAGACUUCGGCACUCCUUACUAUACUGGCGAGGCGCCACCGAAGAAGGAUUUGAUGCAGGAAAUUGAAAUCCAGAAAAACGCUAGCCCUAGCGAAUUGGGGCCUGAAGAUGACAGGAAGCAAUUUUUGGCUUGCGACAAGCUUUGGGAUCGCCUCCAAUCCUCAGAGAAAGUGCAGAAAGGGGAGGCCGACAUGGAUGAUCUAUGCUCGCAGCUCAAGUCUAAAGCCAAGUGCUCAGGAAAGGGCGCGAUGAUUGACGAGAAAGACGUCGACCUUAUCUUGGGUCCUGCGCGCGAGGAGCCGUCAAAUUCCCUCAAAAUGUUCUCGUGA